CUCUAACUUCCUUAAAGGUAUAACCUGUUGAACUGUCAUGAUGGUGAACUGCUGUGGUCUGCUCAAUGCCAAUAAGGAACCAGUUCCUCUGAAGAGCGUGGAGGUGGAGCUGGAGGUGAGGGACCAUGUGGCUACAGUGGUCUCCACUCUGAGCUAUGAGAACAAGGAGGACAAACCACUAGAGGCCGUGUUUGUCUUCCCUCUGCCUGGAGAUGCUGCUGUCUGUCAUUUCAGUGCUCAGAUUGGACAGAUGCAGAUUGUAGCCGAGGUGAAGGAGAAGCAGGAGGCCCGUGAGGAGUAUGACGAUGCUCUGAGCUCCGGUCAGCAGGCCUUCCUGUUGGAGGAGAGUGAGCAGAGUCCAGAUAUAUUCUCUCUGAGUGUGGGCAGUCUGCCUCCAGGAGAGAGCGCCUCCAUCAGGCUGGAGUACGUCACUGAGCUGGCUGUGCAGGCUGAUGACGGGCUGAGGUUUUGUCUGCCUGCUGUGCUCAACCCUCGCUACCAACCUCAGGGUGGUGAAGGUGGCAACGUUCAGGUGACCUCUGUUCAGGUGACCUCUGUUCCAGCCUCUCUGGUGCCCUACAGUCUGUCUUUCUCUGCCCGAGUGUCCUCUCCUCGUCCCGUCUCUAAAGUAGAGUCCAACUGUCCCCUGGACCCUCUUCAGUACCUCAACACAGAGCAAACCCAGACCACGGUCAAGUUGGCUGCAGGACACAAGUUUGACAGAGAUGUCGAACUGCUGAUUUAUUACAAAGAUGCCCACCAGCCCACUGCUGUGGUGGAGGCAGGACGGGCCUCCUGUGCUUCAGGCACUCUGAUGGGGGAUCCAGUGAUGAUGCUGAGCCUGUACCCUGAGUUCCCCCAGGCUGUGAUGUCUUCAGUCGCUUCAUGUGGAGAGUUUGUCUUCUUAUUGGAUAGAUCUGGCAGUAUGCAGGGAGCGCGUAUGAAAGAACAUUCACCAUCUUCUCUCUCCUCCCUUCAGGAUACUCUGCUGCUCCUGUUGAAGAGCUUACCAAUGGGCUGCUAUUUCAACAUCCACAGCUUUGGGUCCAGUUAUGAACACAUCUUCCCUGAGAGUGUAGAGUACAACCAGAAGACCAUGGAAGAAGCUCUGAAAAAUGUUGCGGAGAUGAAAGCUAAUCUGGGAGGAACAGAGAUUCUGAAGCCACUCAAACACAUUUACAGCCAGCCCUGCAUUCCCAGUCAACCUCAACAACUAUUUGUCUUCACUGACGGAGAGGUGGGGAACACCAAAGACGUGAUCAAUCUGGUGAAGCAGAAUUCAGGUUCCCACAGGUGUUUCUCUUUUGGGAUUGGGGAAGGGGCCAGUUCUGCUCUCAUCAACGGGUUGGCCAAGGAAGGAGGAGGUCACGCUCAGUUCAUCACAGGGACGGACAGGAUGCAACCCAAAGUGAUGCAGUCGCUGCGAUUUGCUCUGCAACCAGCUGUGCAGGACAUCUCAGUCAAAUGGGAUUUGCCAAAGGGAGUUUCUGUCAUUGAUCUCUCUCCACCAAUCACAGCCCUUUUCCAGGGUCAAAGGUCACUGGUUUAUGCCCAGCUCACUGGACAGGUAGGAAGGCCCUCAGAGGGCUGUGUGACGGUGAGGUACAGCCUGGCAGGUCAUCCCUCUCAGAACCAGCUUCACUUCAGUCUCAAACCUGCAGAGGACACUGGAUUAACCGUCCACAGGUUGGCUGCUCGGACUCUGAUUCGCUCCCUGGAGAUGGAGAAGAAAGAGCGGAGAGGACAGGAAGAUGGAGGAGACAAGAAGAAGAAGGUGGUGGAGCUCAGCGUCCAAUCAGGAGUGAGCAGUGCCUUCACUGCCUUCAUCGCUGUCAACAAAGGCAACAGUGAAGUUAUUCAAGGACCUCUGGUGCGCAGAAAUGUUCCAACACUCAGUGAGUGUUUCCAAGAAAAAUACAAACUACAGUGACCCUGUUAUGGUUUGUCUCUGACCCCAACUUUAAAGUUAAAUACUUAUGCUAAUCCGACAAGAUUACUUCAUUUCUCACUGUAAUUUUCCUCCUCAGAAAGGUCUUUGCCCAAACAGCCGCCCAGAGACCCUUUGCUGCAGCUGGUCUCCCUCCAGAAGGCGUCUGGCUGCUGGGUGCUGGAUCCAGAUCUGGCUGCUGCACUGGGAAAGACCAGCGAGGAGGUGGAAAAGCCCAAGCCUGCAUCGGUGAACCAGGAAGUGUGGGCCACCAUUCUGGCUCUGAUCUGGCUUCAUGGUUUCAAGAUGGAUGCUCAGGAAGAGUGGGAGCUUCUGGCUAUGAAGGCUGUGUCAUGGCUCCAAGCUCAGAAAGCCUCCUGUGUGACGGAGUGUGUGGACGCAGGAAACGCUCUGUUGGGUUGCACCGUGCAGAAAGACGUCCUGGGGCUCUGA